AUGGCACAGCAACAACCCUCGCUCGAAGCGAAGAAGGCUUUCUUUGCGCAUUUUCCAAAAUUACAGUACAGUGACGACGAAAAUGACGAAAAUGGCAAAAAUUAUGACAAGGAAGGGCCGGCUGAUGACGAUGAGCUCGAUCCGCAAGAGCAGCGCAUGCGAAGUCGUCAUCGGCGGUUCUUCCGCGACACUUCAUCGCGCGAAAUGUCACAGGUAGAAGGCGAACCUACAAAUCACGAUAGAGGCAAACGGGUCGGUCAGGCUGAAGCCCGUAAUGCUCGAGAAGCAACGCCUGAUGAUGAUGUGGUGGUGACGAGCUCGGCACGGGCGACGCCUGCAUCCAAAAAGCCCGCCAAGGCAAAGAACAGGACAAGGAACAGCGCUGUUGAUGCCCUUCUGAGUAAUGGCGGGGACGAUGAAAUAGAGCUUAUCGGCGAGACACCCGUUCAGGCUACAAAGAGACCACGCGCGCCCGCCAAAAUCGAAACGCCUCCUCAACCUACCAAGCGCAUCCCGAAGCUAAAGUCCUCGUCGUCCUUGCAACGAGUCGGCACCACUGUGGCCGGCGCGACAAAAAAGCGUAAAAAGCGCGGGCAGGUGACGCUGCGCCCAGAAGGGGAGCAAAUAUUUCGGGGCUUGGUGUUCUACUACAUCCCCGAUAAUGAGAUUGCACCAGCGCGAAGACUGCGAAUCCACAAGGCGCGCGAGUACGGCGCUGUGCGGACGAGCGACGCGGCAGAGGCGACCCACGUCAUUGUCGACAGAGCUAUCGGUUACCAAGACGCUGCAAAGGCGGCGGCGUCGAAUAGGGGAGGCAGAGGCGUGGAGGGUAUCGUGAUGGUCAAUGAGGACUAUCCGAUUGACUGCAUGCAGUUCAAGGUGUUGCUGGACUGGAAGCAGAAGCGAUAUAGGCUUGCCGGGCAGCCAGGGGAGGGCACUCUGCCGCGCGAGUCGGCUGAGGCAAAGGAACGAGAGGAGAGGCAGAAUCUGACUACGAAGGAGAAGCUGCAGCUCAAGGAGCCGCAACGGAACCCGAAGAAGUGGGAUUACGUGCCCAAGUCGACGCCGCCACACGCCAGCGAGGAGUCGCCGGAUAUCGGCUCGCAGCACAUUGUGCUAAAUCCUGCCGAGACAGCAGAGAAUGAGCACGACGGUGGGGCAGUACAUGCGGAGAGCGUACCCCGAGGAAGCACUGCGCCGGGCGACGAGCUGACCAAGGUGAUUAAUAUGAUGCAAGAGUUCAAGGACCUGCCCCUGGACGACGACGACGACGAAACGGCGUCGGCUCUAGGCCACCAGUCGAGCUCUGAUGACGACCGGGAAAGCCAGCGUAGCGCGCCUGUUGGAAAGAAGGCGGCCCCGUUUGAGGAGCGCUUCGCCUGUGCCCGGGCCGGGGCGCUCGACGCGCACGCCGACAACCCCAACGCGCGAACGGUCGAGGUCCUUCAAAGCAUGCUAUCCUAUUACGAGCGCACGAGCGACCAGUGGCGCGUACUGGCGUACCGCAAGGCGAUUGCGACGCUGAAGCGGCAGCCGGCGCGCAUAAGCACGGAGAACGAGGCCCUACGGCUGCCCGGCGUGGGGGCGCGGCUGGCGGCCAAGAUUGCUGAAAUUGCAACGACGGACCGCCUGCGACGUCUGGAGCACGCGCAGCGCGACGGCAGUGACCAGGUGCUGAAGCUGUUUCUGGGCGUGCAUGGCGUGGGCCCGGCGCUGGCGGCGCGGUGGGCGGCGCGCGGCAUGCGCACGUUGGAGGAUGUGCGGCGGCAGGUCAAGCUCACGGCAGGCCAGCAGAUGGGCAUGGAGAGGUAUGCGGACCUGAACACCAAGAUCCCAAGGGACGAGGUCGAGGCGCUGGCCAAGGUGGUGCAAGACGAGGCGGCGCGGGUGGACGAUGCCGUGCAGCUGAUUGUCGGGGGCAGUUACCGCCGCGGCGCGCCGUCUUCGGGCGACGUCGACAUGAUCAUCAGCAAGCCGUCCACGACGCACCGGUCAGAGCUGCUCCCGUUUCUGCAGGAGCUGGUGCGCCGGCUGCGCGACGCGGGCUUCAUCGUCGCGACGCUGGCGGCCGACGGGAGCAUCUGGCAGGGCUGCUGCGUGCUGCCGCGGGGUGACGGAGUCUGGCGGCGGAUGGACAUGCUGCUGGUGCCGGCGGCGGAGAUGGGCGCGGCGCUGAUUUACUUUACGGGGGACGACGUGUUUAAUCGCAGCAUGAGGCUGCUGGCGAGGAAAAAGGGCUGGAAGCUCAACCAGAAGGGCUUGUGGAAGCGCGACGGCGGGAUCGGCAUGGAGACGGGGCAGGAGGAUCUGCUGGAGGGGAGGUGUGAGAGGAGGAUUUUUGAAUUGUUGGGGGUGACGUGGAGGGAGCCGACGCAGCGGUGGUGCCGAUGA